AAAAAGGUAAAUAGUGUCGGAAAAAAUAGUUGAAACAACAAGGAUUCAAUUUUUAAAAAAAUCGUGCUGCUCUAGAAAUUGAAAACUGUGUAAACCAUGGACACCAAAAAACAACCAGAUGAUAUUGCUAUCAGCAAAACAUUGGAUCUCUGGAACAUGGAGCUGGAGAGUUCAUUUGUGCAAGAACCUCAUUGUUCGAACGGAUCCGUGAUUCAGUCACUGGAUGAACCAGUUGAGCCGGAUGUCGUACAACCUCCCGCCGGAAAUAUUAAAAAGUUCAAAGAAUCAAAACGGACAAAAUCGUACUCCGAGGAUUUCCUAAAGAGCAUUUUGAGCAAAGUUCGAGAUGGCACCAUGACGAAGUACCAUGCUCAAAAGUUUUACGGUAUUCCACGAGGAACGCUGCAGUAUCGACUUAGCGAACACUUUAAAAAUAAAGGGCGCACAGGACCUGACAGCUUAUUAUCCACAAGCGAGGAAACGAUCAUUGUUUCGUGGCUCCAGGUCAUGGAGAAGAGAGGAUUUCCAAUAACGCGCAAGGGAUUGGCUUCGAAAGUCGCCGCGUACCUGCGCAAGCACCCGAGAGAUAACCUUUCUCGUAACUACAUCCCAGGCCGGAAAUGGCUUGAAGGUUUUAUGCGUCGUCAUCCUCAACUUACUCUCAGGACUCCAGAAGGAAUCACAUCAGCCAGCGCAAAAGUUUCAGAGCAGGAUAUUCGGAAAUGGUUCAAAACUGUCGAAGACUAUUUGGUUGAAAAUAAUAUUGCCGAUAUUUUGAACGAUCCUUCGCGAAUUCUCAAUGGAGAUGAAACUGGCUUCUGCAUGAACGUUCCUCCAAAAAAGGUGCUGGCAACAAAAGGUGUAAAAAAUGUUCCGUUUGUUGAAAAUCAAAAUGGAAAACAGAACGUUACUGUUUUAUUCACAUUUUCGGCCGAUGGUACCAUCAUUCCACCGGAUGUAAUACUGCCAUAUAAGCGUUUAAGUAGAGACAUCGUUCAGUCAUUCCCGUCGGAGUGGGGGCUCGGUACCUCCGACUCAGGUUGGAUGAAUUCAUCCAAUUUUACGCUUUAUAUAAAAAAAAUUUUAUAUCCUGCCUUGGUCAAAAACAAUGUGAAAUUCCCUGUAUGUUAUUUUGUUGACGGACACAAAUCGCACACAGCCGUCGAAGCAGCGGAUGCAUGUUCGGAGUUAGGCAUAAUAUUGAUUGCAUUAUACCCUAACGCAACACGAAUACUGCAGCCUGCCGAUGUCUCCAUAUUUAGACCACUUAAAAACAGCUGGGGAAAGGUCGUCGAAAUAUGUAGAACGGAUAACAUGGCAGAAAGGCUUUCAAUUCCGACGUUUGGUGCGCUCUUGCAAGAGACAAUGAAAUCUGCCUUCAAGAUAUCCACAAUCAUCAACGCAUUUCGUGUUUGUGGUCUAUUUCCGUUCAACCCAGAUGCCGUGGAUUACAGCAAAUGUAUUUCGACCAGCAUCUCCCACCUGAGACCAGUUCCCCAUUCAUCAUCGGCAUGCGCGUUGCCUGUGGAUACAGAGCCUAUGACUCUUGUGCCAACGGCGGCGAUUGAAAACGCCUUGAGAUUAAUCGGCAGUGAGAAAGCAGAAAUGUUCAAAUCUGGAGACCAGAAUCUACUCUCCAGCGAAGGCCAAAUAUUGAACUUCAUUUAUCAUAACAUACUCACUCUUGGACAGCCUGAUAGGAACGAUUCAGAGCAACCAUUCAAUGCUUUGAAUGACAUAGACAUGGACUACGAAGCAGCUAUUAAUGAACCAAUUAUCAUUCUUGAAGAUGACAUCGAAGGUGAAUUAAGCUUUAAUUCAUUUUCUUAUUUGGAAAAUCGUGAGCCUGUUAUGGACAAUCCAGCGGACGCAGCGAUUAUUGAAUCUGAUGUUGACGAGAACGAUGAUCUACAACCAACUUAUUACUCCUUCCCACCAGAAAGCUUGUCGGCAACCGAGACGCCACAUAAUGAGUUGGAUUUACGUAGCAGUGCAGCUUUCGAUGAUAUUUCAAACUUCCUGAAUUACAUCAUGUCAAUGCUCAGAACUGGGGAACGAUUGGAAGAAAUUCAAUUAAUCGAGAGCAAAAAGGCUGAAGCAACAAAAUUGAAACAAGAGAGAGCCGAGAAACGAAAAAUGGAUAAAAUCAAGAAAGAAGCUGCAGCAGCCGCAAGAGCGAAUGCAAAGAAGAUGAAAGAGUUAGAAAAGGAAAAGAAAAAAACUGAUAAAAAAUCUACCAAGAAGCGGUCUAAGAAGUUCAACUGCAACACAGUAGGACAUCUUUACAAAAAUGCGAAGGAUCCGGUAUCAGAGCUCAACAAAAGCAACGUCAUCUACAGGAUUGACUGUACGAAUUGCCCUAGUAAAUAUAUCGGUAUGACGACCAAUAAGCUCAGAACCCGAAUGUACGGACACCAAUCCAACAUCAACAAAUUGGACAAACAGCUGUUGGAAGGGUACCAAUACACAGACCCAGAAGUACUACAACUCCAAGAGAAAUCAGCCCUGAUUAACCACUGCAUCACCCGUCAACACCGCUUCAACAUCCACAAUCCCACAAUCGUCGAUAAAUCCUACAAGAAGCAAGCUCUGCAAGUGUUAGAGAUGUGUCAUAUUGCCACUACCUCUAACACGGUCAACCAUCGGACGGACACCGACAACCUAAGCUGUGCGUACGCAAAUCUUCUCUUCACGAUCAAAACACAUAGAGAAGAGAGAAAUGCGUCGUCAAUAAACCAAGAUUAUCGACACGACCCACAUGACUUAACAACAACACAACCCACACAAACAUACUUGACCACCCCAUUACCACCAAACCACGAACACCCGACAGCGAUAUUAUUAUAG